AUGGGUUGGGGUGAUUUGGGAGUUUUCGGAGAGCCUUCUAAGGAAACUCCUAACUUAGACCAGAUGGCUUCCGAAGGGAUGCUUUUCCUGGAUUUUUAUACUGCCAGCCCCCUCUGUUCUCCGUCGAGGGCAGCACUGUUGACAGGCCGUCUCCCAGUCAGGAAUGGUUUUUACACCACGAAUGCACAUGGCAGAAACGCAUACACGCCACAGGAUAUAGUAGGAGGAAUCCCAGAUUCUGAAUUACUGCUUCCAGAGUUGCUGAAGAAAGCUGGCUACAUCAGUAAGAUCAUUGGCAAAUGGCAUCUGGGUCACCGGCCCCAGUUCCACCCCCUGAAGCAUGGGUUUGAUGAAUGGUUUGGAUCCCCAAACUGCCAUUUUGGACCUUUUGAUAACAGAGCGCUCCCUAAUAUCCCUGUGUAUAGGGACUGGGAAAUGAUUGGCAGAUAUUAUGAAGAUUUCAAAAUUGAUCUGAAGACGGGUGAAGCCAACUUGACUCAGAUCUACCUGCAGGAAGCUCUCGAUUUUAUUAGCAAGCAGCAGGCUAGCCAGCAGCCAUUCUUUUUAUACUGGGCAAUUGAUGCUACCCAUGCUCCUGUUUAUGCCUCCAAACAUUUCCUGGGCACCAGUCAGAGAGGACUAUAUGGGGAUGCUGUGCGAGAAAUUGAUGAUAGCGUUGGAAAAAUCCUAAAACAUCUUCAGAAUCUGGGUAUCAGUGAGAACACUUUUGUGUUUUUCACCUCUGAUAAUGGGGCUGCUCUCAUUUCAGCUCCCAAACAAGGAGGAAGCAAUGGUCGUUUUCUUUGUGGCAAACAAACCACGUUUGAAGGUGGCAUGAGAGAGCCAGCUAUUGCCUGGUGGCCCGGACAUAUACCUGCAGGAGGGGUCAGUCAUCAGCUGGGCAACGUGAUGGAUCUCUUCACCACCAGCCUCUCCCUGGCGGGACUGCAGCCUCCCAGUGACAGACACAUUGACGGCAUCGACCUUUUACCUGCCAUCUUGCAGGGCAAGCUAAUUGACAGGCCCAUAUUCUAUUAUCGUGGCAACGAGAUGAUGGCGGUGAGAGUUGGGCUUUACAAGGCUCACUACUGGACCUGGAGCAACUCCUGGGAGGAGUACAGCAAGGGCAUUGAUUUCUGUCCUGGGCAGAAUGUCUCUGGAGUGACAACACAUACGCAGGAGGAGCACACUACCCUGCCGCUGCUUUUCCACCUGGGGAGGGACCCUGGAGAGAAGUACCCAUUAAGUUUUGCCAGCGAUGAAUACCAAAGGGCUAUGGAGCGAAUAUCUAUCGUUGUCCAGCAGCACAAAGCAGCCAUGGUGCCAGGGGAGCCACAGCUUAACGUGUGCGACAAGGCCGUCAUGAAUUGGUCUCCUGCAGGCUGUGAGAAGCUAGGGAAGUGCCUGACACCGCCCAAGUCUGAUCCUAAGAAGUGCUUUUGGCCUCACUGA